GACGCUGUGUCGUCACUUCCUGCAGAGAUAUCAAACAUGGCGUCCAGCGGACUGAAGCUGAAUUUCUGGGAGAACGGACCAAAGCCGGGGCAGUUUUACUCCUUCCCCGGAGCCCCAGAGUCCGGAACCUCAUGUGGACCGGUCCGACACACACUUAACCCCAUGGUGACCGGGACGUCGGUGCUCGGGGUGAAGUUCACCGGCGGCGUCAUCAUCGCGGCGGACAUGUUGGGCUCGUACGGCUCUCUGGCUCGCUUCAGGAACGUUUCCCGCCUCAUGAAGGUGAACAGCAACACCAUCCUGGGAGCUUCAGGAGACUACGCCGACUACCAGUACCUGAAGCAGGUCAUCGAGCAGAUGGUUAUUGACGAGGAGCUGCUGGGCGACGGGCACAGCUACAGUCCGAAGGCGGUGCACUCCUGGCUCACCAGAGUGAUGUACAACCGCCGCAGCAAGAUGAACCCUCUGUGGAACACGGUGGUGAUCGGAGGUUUCUACAACGGAGAGAGUUUCCUCGGUUAUGUGGACAAGCUGGGCGUGGCUUAUGAGGCUCCCACCGUGGCUACAGGCUUCGGAGCGUACCUGGCUCAGCCCCUGAUGAGGGAGGUGGUGGAGAACAAAGUGGAGAUCACCAAACAGGAGGCCCGGGAGCUGGUGGAGCGCUGCCUCAAAGUGCUGUACUACAGAGACGCUCGCUCCUACAACAGGCACGAGAUCGCCAUAGUAACAGAGGAGGGCGUGGAGAUUAUUGGACCUCUGUCUUCUGAGACCAACUGGGACAUCGCUCACCUGGUCAGUGGCUUCGAAUGAAGACGAGCAGCGACAACCACCGCCGCUCACACGCAACUUAUCUUCCCUUUAGUUCCUUUUCUGCUGUUCAAUGUAACUUUUGUAUAAUGGAAAAUAAACGUCAUGUUAUAAAACA